CAUCAGGUUGCACAACAGCUUUGUGGGAGGUUUUUUUUCAUUCCUGUCUUGUAUGUUGGCUCGAACUCGAGGCAGGAAAUCUGCGUCACUGGAACCGUAAACAUCCCUUCCGAAGAACAGGAAGAGUUGCAGAUAACGGCACACUGAAGAACCGAAAGUGUUUAGUAGAGCGAGAGAGAAAUACACACACACACACACACACACACACACAGACACACAGAAAGAGGAAAAGACUGCACUGUUAAAAGGACAGGAGAUUAAAAACCCACACAUGCUUUAAAGAUGGCCAACGCUCCUAUACCACUCACUAAUGUGGGAAGUGGCUACACCAUCGUCACUCAAGUUAUUCCCUCAUCAACAGCCCCGACUACAGCGGAACAAAAUUCCUCUCAGACACUCAGCCCACUGCGGAAAUUCCUGAAAGGAGAACCCAAAGCCCUGGGAACUGUCCAAAUAAUGAUUGGUGUGUUGAUGAUAUUGUUUGGUAUCGUGAUGGCGGUCUACCCUCAGACAUUGAACGUGUACUCUGGAGUCGCAUUCUGGGGCUCGCUGUUACACAUCAGCGCUGGUUCUCUGGCUGUUUCAGCGAGCAACAAGCUCAAUACCUGUGUGGUGACGGGUGCUAUGGUGGUGAAUAUUUUUAGCACGAUAGCUGCAGGAAUCGCCAUCAUUAUGCUUUCCCUGGAUUUAGUGAUUUGGCCUUGGCGUCGCUACUGCUACUCCUAUGACAGCAAUUAUGGAUGCAGCUAUAACUAUGUUGCACAGAGCCGUACCGACGGAAUCACUGGCGUUCUGCUGAUUUUCUCUGUGCUUCAGUUCGCCAUCUCUAUCGCAAUUUCAGCCUUCACCUGCAAAGCCACCUGCACCAAUGAACCUACUCUGAAUGUCAUCAACGUGGUUCCGAACACUGAAGGAUGUAUUCCUGUGAUCAAUUCCUUUCCAGCUCAUCAUGCUCAACCGGGGGUCAGUACACUGAAUGCUGUCGCCAUGGCUAGUGCACCUGUGGAAAGUCCUCCAGCGUACUCUGAGAAAAGCCAACCAGACAACAAACCCACACGUGCUUUAAAGAUGGCCAACGCUCCUAUACCGCUCACUAAUGUGGGAAGUGGCUACACCAUCGUCACUCAAGUUAUUCCCUCAUCAACAGCCCCGACUACAGCGAAACAAAAUUCCUCUCAGACACUCAGCCCACUGCGGAAAUUCCUGAAAGGAGAACCCAAAGCGCUGGGAACCGUCCAAAUAAUGAACGGUUUCUUGAUGUUGCUGCUUGGUAUUGUGUUAGUGGACUCCACACAACAGAGCUUUGUGUAUUUCGGAUUCGCAUUCUGGGGCUCUUUCCUUCACAUCUUGGCUGGUGUUCUGACUGUGUCAGCGAGUAGAAAGCUUCAUUUCUGUGGGGUGAAGGGUGCUAUGGCAAUGAAUAUUCUUAGUGCCAUAACUGCAGCAAUCAGCAUCAUCACACUUUCCCUGGAUUUGAUGUUUAUCGGGAUGGUCUGCUACAAUUAUGAUUGCAGGAGUAGCUACACGACUAUGAGCCGUACCAGAGGAAUCACUGGCGUUCUGCUGGUUUUCUCUUUGCUCCAGUUCGCCGUCUCUAUUGCCAUCUCAGCUUUUGCCUGUAAAGCCACAUGCUCGAAUGAACCUACUCUGAACAUCAUCAAUGUGGUUCCAAAUCCUGAGGGAUAUGUUCCCAGCACAUCACACUCACCCGGGAAUCAGUACAAUCAGCACUGUUGCCAUGAACAGCCCACCUGUAGGAAGCCCUCCAGCAUACAGCUAAUAAAAAGCGAAUCUGAUAACUGAAGAAAAUUUAAAUAAGAAACUUUUUUGAAAACAUAUAUA